AUGCUAACCGCAAUCCAGGAGAGCCCCCACGAACACCAGCAAAGUCUUCUACUCUCCCGCAUCAUCUCUAAUGUCGAGAAACUCAACGAAGCGAUCAUGGUAUUGAAUAAGAAUCUGCAGGAAGUCAACGUGCAGAACAUGAACGUCGAGCUUGUCGCGCAGAUGUUUAAGAACUACCAGUCCAAUGUGCUUUUUCAUCUCGAAGCUACGGAGGAGUUGAAGGACCCGGUAUAG